GGUCUUAAACUUCUGCUUCCGGUUCCGGGUCGCUAUUAUCCUUCACAAACAGGUGAAAUGUUGACCCGACUGUCGCGGUUCGGGCCCGCUUUGCCCCGGUUACUCUCAACUCCACCGGCCCGGUUCGUCUCCCAGUCCAAACCGUCCGGUGCCGCCGGUUCGACCGCCGUGACGGAGCUGUACCCGGCCGCGCAGCAGGCUGGACACAGUGAGGUCAGCCCGUAUGUCAAGAAUCCAGAUUACCAUGGAUUUUCCAGUGACCCUGUGGUGGAUGAGUGGAACAUGAGGCUGGGCUUCUUCUUCGGCAUCUCAGUGGCUCUCGUUAUCGGAGGAACAUUUAUCCACUAUUUACCGGACCACGGCAUGCGGCAGUGGGCCAGAAGGGAGGCGGAGCGUGUGAUCCAGCUGAGAGAGAAGGAGGGUCUUCCUCUCAUAGGCGAGAACUACUACGACUCAAACAAGAUCGUUCUGACCACAGCUGGAGAGGAGUAGCAAGUCCAAAAUCCAGUGGCUCUAUUUCAUGAUUAAUGUAUUUCACUAUAACAGAAUAAAUGAUGUCCUUGUUGAAUUGUGUA